UUAUAAUCCCAAAACCCAUACCCACCCACCCAGAGUGCUUCUAGACUUUCUCUCUGUCUCUUUCUUUUGCCUAUUUGCCUAGCCCGAUGUUCACGUGGCCACGAAAGGCCACCAUCAAAGGGAAGGGCCAAAACGCCGAAAUUGGCCGAGUUCCAAUAAAAUACGUGUCUAACCUUAAAUUAAAAUCAACCGUUUACCCCCGCGUACGGCGACGGGAGCGACAUCAAACGCCGAAAAGGGUCCCGCGUCCGUUGUCACUAACACCCACGCAAACGCAACCAAAAAAAAAACCAGUCAAGAUAUUUUUAAUAAGAUCCGAGCUAAACAACAAAAAUAUUACUCUCCCAAACCUUCUCCCUUCUCACUCUGGUCACCCUGUUAGCAGAGCACAGAAAUUAUGCAAAUUAUCAACGCACCAUCAAACACCACGGACCACGGACAUUGUAGUUGGUUGCGGUUGUGACCGUCGCCAAGCUGCCAAAUGCAUUCAAAUGAGUUGGAACGGAGGACGUCCACCACGACCACGACGACAACGACAACUUCAACGUUGCAGUCACUGUGCGUGGUGCGUGUCUCUCACUCUCUCUCUCUUCGAACCGUUCGAACUGGAUUCAAUUUAUGGUGUAUGAAAUUAUGCAACCUUCCAACAACCAUACACACACACGCGCCCCAGUUCCGGCCCCGCCGCGAUGAUUUGUGAACAUUCAUUUGCACAACAAAUAGGCGAACGCACAAACCGCCGGUACCCUAAAGAGAACCCCCCGGGGAGUAGGUGAAGUUAGGUGCGCUGACUAAGCACGGCACACGAUAAGGCGAAGCUAACCAACAGUGAGUGCAGGUUAGUGGCAUAAUAGUUUGCCGGUUUCCCGCAGGAAAGAGGAGUUUGAUCGUAAAAGAAUGCACAAAAACACGGCUCCCCGGUAAAACCUACUACAUUUUCUGGAGAUUAUCUUGGAGGCCCAAAAAAAAUGGUAAAAUAGAUAAAAGCUCCAUCACACCGGUAAACUGGUACAUCCAUUAAAGUAAUCGUAGAUGAACGCACACACACCACACCUAACUCAAUCGACAGGUGGGAAAACACUGUUAAUCUUAGGGCUCCCCCGCCGAAAAAAGAAAGAAACAUAAUUCCUAUCAUUCCAACACUUGUUCCCAGGGGGAGCCUCAACCGCCACGCUGCUGUUGCUACAGUUUAGUUCCUUCUUUCAUUUCCUUCCCAGCAGAACCUGCCCUAAACACAUCACACCACACAUACUACAAACGAAAAGCAGCACUUACUUUGCACCGUUAAUUUAAUAUCUACCUUUUUGAAAAUCCCCCAGGCCCUAACCUGGCGCUCUCCAAAAAAGCCCGGCGCGUUAAAUUGUGAAAGUCACGAUUCUAACAGCUAAUUGCUUAUCCACACACACACUCACAACUGCUGGAGGCCCAAUCCGGAACCGGAUUCUAUAAAGUUAACCAAAAAGCCUUUACUUUACCCCUGGCUUAUUAUUUGAGGUGAAAGGGAGUGAAAGUACACACACACAGCAAUUGCAUCCAUUUUUUUUGGGGAAGAAGUGCAGUCUUGAGACUUCAAAAUCACCAAAUCUCCUCCGAUUCGGAUGGACAAUCACUUACAAAAGAAGCUUUUCACCUGAUCGCGAGAGAGCGAGCAGUGGUUUUGUGAUGUAGGCGACGAACCGGUGUACGUGUUCGGGUCCGUUUCGUAUCGUAUCACCUUGCAAUUUGGAGUUUGAAGCUGACCCGAACGAACACCACGUACCAAAACACGUGAUUCCCGUGAAUUAGGCGGCGAUCAUGACCUUUCCGAUGUGCUCAGAACUGCACAGCGAACGUGAUCUUACACCAAAUGGACCAGCAGCAGCAGUAGUGAAGCAGGGGUAUAUAAAGCUGCUCCCGAGGCACAAAUGAUAUAUCCAUCUUGGACUUGAACUCAAAAACAACUCAAAAUGUGCUCCAAUCGUUCCGCUUUCGGGCUAUUACUGUUGGCGUGGCUAGCAAGUGUGACGAUACUCGGCGUCGAAGCGUACACAACACUUCCACCGACUACUGCCAACUGUACCACCGUCAGUACCUUUGACGCCGCCUUGCAGGAAUGUGUCGUCCAGCUCGGAAUUGCACCGGAACGACUCGACCAGGAGUACAACCUACUGCUCUACCCUGCCGAUCGGGACACCAUGUGCCUGGUACGAUGUAUCGGUGUGCUGCUUCGCUUCUGGAACGAUACGACCGGACUGCGCGAUGCUACGAUCCGUCAGUACUACGAGCCAGCACCGGAAGACCAAGACUACCAGAACCGUACCCGCAGCUGUCUCGCGGCACUGGAACCUAGCGUAACGGACGUUUGCGAACGAGCGCAUCGAUCGUUCCUGUGCUAUCAUCAGCACUACGGAUAUCUUCGCAAGACUGAUCGCUACGUACCCAAGACACCGCUCGAGAUGAAACAGAUCCAACAGGACUGUGUGGAUGUUUAUGGGUUAGACCCGGCCCGGUUGAACCACUACCAGGACGGUCAAUUUCCCGACGAUCCUGAAACGCAAUGCUUUGUGCGAUGCGUUGGGCUUCGGGCUGGACUGUACACCGACCGGGACGGACCGAACAUUGACCGGAUGUACAUACAGUGUGAAUCGUGUGCCGAUGAGACGCUGUUUCGUGCAAAGGCUGGCGAGUGUAUCGCGGCACAGAGGCGGCACAAGCUGAGCAAGUGUACGGCCGCCUACCGGACGCUGUACCAUUGCUUCCGGGACGAUCAGCUGGAUAUGUACGCAAGCUUAACGACGGCGGCUGCGAUGACUACCACGAUGACCACCAAGAAGAGCACACCACCGAACGCUAUUCCGGCACUUUCGGUAAGGAAACCGAGCGAUAGGGCGAAGUUGUCGCCCGAUGCCUGGCAGCUGGAGAUCAUCCUGGAGGGUCUUUACAAUCAGAAGUACUGAGAGGGGUGUUUUUUUGCAAUUUAAUAAUGUUACUGGGGGAAUCAGGCUUAUUUAUUUUAAAUACUUUAUAGGAAUACUUCAUACUUUAUUUAUUUUUAUAGGAAAUCAUAAAAAUCCGUUAUUUUUACAA